CAUUGCAUUGUUGAUCAGCAUGUUUUAGCAUUUUUUUUUUGUUUGCUGUAUAAACUUAUAAUUUUUUCUUGUAAUUUGGGCCAUAACAAUUAAUAUAUCGACAUUUAUUCAAAAAAUUCAUUGCCAUGAAUACUGACGGUGAUACUGUGAAGAAUUGCACUAAAUUUGCCGAAUUCAAAGAUUUGACUGCUGACGAAUUAAAAUGUAAAGCUAAUGAAUAUUUCAAAAGAAAAGAAUAUGAAGAUGCAAUUGAAUUGUAUUCGAUGGCUAUCGAAAAAGAUCAAAAUAAUGCUAUACUUUAUGGAAAUCGAAGUUUUGCUUAUCUUAAAACCGAAUGUUUCGGUUAUGCCUUUACCGAUGCUUCCCGUGCUAUCGAAAUUGAUAAGAAUUAUAUUAAAGGCUAUUAUAGAAGAGCCGAAGCACAAAUGGCUAAUGGACGUUUUAAGCAAGCAUUAAAAGAUUUCGAAACUGUUGUCAAAUUUUGUCCAAACGAUAAGGAUGCUAAGAUUAAAUGUCAAGAAUGCAAAAAAAUCGUCAAUCAAAAAGCGUUUGAAAAAGCAAUUUCUGUGGAUACAAUCAAAAGAUCGGUGGCCGAAUCCAUAGAUUUUGAAUCGAUGACAAUCGAUGAUAAAUAUGAUGGACCAAAAAUUGUGGAUGGAAAAGUUACAAAAGAAUUUGUUGAAGAACUAUUAGACACAUUUAAAGACGAGAAAAAAUUAGAUCGGAAAUAUGCUUACAAAUUGAUAUUGGAUGCACGAGAACUAUUUUCUAAGUCGAAAACAUUGGUAGACAUUGAAAUACCGAAAGGAAAAAAAUUUACAGUCUGUGGCGAUAUUCAUGGACAAUUCUAUGAUCUGUUAAAUAUAUUCAAAUUGAACGGUUAUCCCAGUGAAGAUAAUCCUUACCUUUUCAAUGGUGAUGUUGUUGAUAGAGGUUCAUUCUCAGUCGAAUGUAUCCUAGUUUUAUUUGCUUUCAAAAUUCUUUAUCCAAAUCAUUUGUUCAUAGCUCGUGGCAAUCAUGAAAGUGAAACUAUGAACAAAAUUUUCGGUUUUGAAGGUGAAGUCAAAGAAAAAUAUUCAAAACAAAUGUAUGAUCUGUUUACUGAAGUUUUUGAAUGUCUUCCAUUGGCACAUUGUUUGAACAAAAAAGUUUUGGUCAUGCAUGGAGGCCUUUUCAGCAAAGAUAAUAUCACAUUAGAUGAUAUACGUAAUAUCGAACGAAUUAGACAGCCACCUGAAGAUGGUCUAAUGUGCGAUAUUUUAUGGUCUGAUCCUAUGCCGGUGAAAGGACGUUUACCAAGCAAACGAGGUGUUGGUUGUCAAUUUGGACCAGAUAUUACAGAAAGCUUUUUAAAGUUGAAUAAUUUAGACUAUAUCAUUCGAAGCCAUGAAGUGAAAGAUAAUGGUUAUGAAGUGGCUCAUGGUGGUAAAUGUAUUACAGUUUUUUCCGCUCCCAAUUAUUGCGAUCGUAUGGGCAAUCUAGGCGCAUUCAUCAAUUUCAUUGGAGGCGAUGAAUUGAUUCCAAAAUAUACAACGUUCAAAGAAGUGCCUCAUCCUGAUAAGAAACCGAUGUGCUAUUCUAGUAAUCUUUUUUCAAUGAUGUAAUUUAUUCUGUU